UCAAGUUCGUUGGUGCGUUGUCAUCUGUAACCUUCUUCGGACAUGUCAAAGAUCAUCUCUGUGAAAGCUCGAGAGAUCCUCGAUUCCCGUGGUAAUCCUACUGUGGAGGUGGACCUUGUUACCGACAGGGGCAUGUUCAGGGCCGCGUGCCCUUCCGGGGCAUCUACUGGUGAGUUUGAAGCCCUCGAACUUCGUGAUGGCGAUAAGAAACGUUACGGUGGCAAGGGAGCUCAGAAGGCUGUGGCUAACGUGAAUAAGAUCAUUGGUCCGGCCAUUAUUGGGAAGGAUCCUACUGACCAAGCUGGUAUCGAUAAGCUGAUGGUUGAAGAGUUGGACGGUACUCAGAACGAGUGGGGCUGGUGCAAGGCUAAGCUCGGUGCCAACGCUAUCCUGGGAGUUUCCAUGGCUGUCUGUCGUGCCGGUGCCGCCGCUUCUGGCAUGCCUCUCUAUCAGUACAUUGCCAAGCUCGCUGGCAAGGACACUCAGAAGUUCACUAUGCCGUGCCCCUGCUUCAACGUCAUCAACGGCGGCAAGCACGCUGGUAACCGUCUGGCUUGCCAGGAGUUCAUGCUUGUUCCCUGCGGUGCCAAGUCCAUCCAUGAGGCUAUCAGAUUUGCCGCUGAGGUCUAUCACGAGCUCAAGUCCGUGAUCAAGGCCAAGUACGGUCAGGAUGCAACCAACGUUGGUGACGAAGGUGGGUUCGCUCCGUCCAUCCAGGAUAUGGAUGAGGCCCUCAAAGUGCUAGAGGAGGCCAUCAAGAAGUCUGGCCAUGAGGAUACCUGCCGUAUUGGUUGCGAUUUCGCCGCCUCUGAGUGCCUCGACAAGAAGAGUGGCAAGUAUGAUCUCGACUUCAAGAACAGUAACCCGCAUCCCGAAUCCGAGAAAACCGGGGAUGAGAUGGUCUCGUAUCUUGAGGCUCUUAUCAACCAAUACCCUUUCGUAUUCCUGGAGGAUCCCUUCGAUGAGAACGACUGGGCAACCUUCGCCAAGUUCACCGCCAAGGAUGGUAAGGAUAUUCAGAUCGUCGGUGAUGAUCUCCUUGUUACCAACCCCAAGCGUAUUCAGAAGGGGAUCGACGAGAAGGCUUGCAACGCCCUUCUUCUUAAGGUCAACCAGAUCGGUUCCGUCACCGAGUCCAUCGAGGCCAACAACAAGGCCGUCAACGCAGGCUGGACCGUCAUGGUUUCUCAUCGUUCCGGUGAGACUGAGGAUACCUUCAUUGCCGAUCUCGUCGUCGGCCUCGGCACUGGCCAGAUCAAGACUGGUGCUCCCUGCCGUACCGAGAGGCUAUGCAAAUACAACCAGCUCAUGCGUAUCGAGGAGGAGCUCGGUGCUAAAGCCCAUUUCGCUGGCGGUAAAAACUUCCCUCGUUGCAAAUAAAAGGACUGCCGAGGUUCGAUAAGCUUCCUUCUCUACUGCACCAACCAAUCUGUUAUCAAGAUUAUUUUGUUGAGAAUGUCGAGUGUCAUGAGGAAAUGUUGGUUACCGAGCACUUCGUUGCUCAGGUCUUAUGAUCAGUACCAGAAUCGUCGUUUGAGUAUUUCAACCU